AUGGUCAAGUCCGUGCCUGCCAUCCGCCUCUCGGCGACCGUCGUCACGGGCUUUGGCCGCGGCGGCAAGCAGCUCGGGUGUCCGACCGCCAACAUGUGCCCGAAGGACCUCGGCGACGCGCUCCACGACACGCCGACGGGCAUCUACUGCGGCUGGGCGACGGUCGACGGCGCCGGGCCGUACAUGGCGGUCGCCAGCGUCGGCUGGAACCCGACGUUCCAGAACACCGAGAAGACCAUCGAGCCGCACUUGCUGCACGAGUUUACGUCCGACUUUUAUGGUGCCAAAAUCGACUUGCUUCUCGGCGCCUACAUUCGGCCCGAGCUGCCGUUCUCGUCGCUCGAUGCGCUCAUCGAAGCGAUUCAGUCGGACAUUGCCGUCUCGCGCGAGUACCUCGCCACAUCGGAAGGCCAGGCCCUCAUCGCCGACGCCCAUUUCGAGGUCCAAACCAAGUAG